AUGACGGGCCGUUGGAAACCGCCUUGGCUGCAGAAGCUAAUCAAGCGAACUUCAACUCUAGGCUCAGGAAAACGCAAGACUUGCCUCUCGACCGACAGACUUACGAACCACACCGACCAGCUUGCCCACAAUCCCCGGAAGCACUUGCUGAAAUCCUGUCUGCUUGAUUCCGACUCUACCACCACAUCACCAUCCAUUGAAGAAGAACAGCCCGCCAUGGCUGACGGAGAAGAAGACUUUAGCUCUUUGCCCCUUACAGAUCGCUGGGUCCACAAGGUCUGGAAAGUACGAAAACAGGCAUACGAGGAGGCUGCCCAGGCAUUCGAAAAGACCCCCGACGAGUACGACCCAGCAUUCCGACCAUUCAUCCAAGAUCCGAGCUUGUGGAAGACAGCAGUCGCAGACUCCAACGUUGCUGCUCAACAAGAUGGCUUGGCUGCCCUCUGCGCAUUUCUGAAAUUUGGCGGCCGCGAAGGCGGUAUACGAGCCAGACAACAUGCUGUCACACCAAUUUGCGAGAAGGGCCUGUCCUCCACGAGAGCGGCGACGAAGGCGUCAGCAGUCGAAGCGUUGCUCCUCUUCAUCGAGAUUGAUGUUCCCGGCCCGGUGAUCGAAGAGAUUCUGCCGGUGCUUUCCAACAAGCAACCCAAGGUUGUUGCUGCGGCGCUUCAUGCUUUGACCCAGAUCUUUCACAACUAUGGCUGCAAAACAGCGGAUCCCAAACCCGUUCUCAAGAUUCUACCCAAGGUGUUUGGCCACGCCGACAAGAAUGUGAGAGCAGAGGCGACGGGGUUGGCGGUCGAGUUCUACCGGUGGCUGCGCGAGGCUAUGAAGCCAAUGUUCUGGGGCGACCUCAAACCAACACAGCAGACAGAUCUCGAAGCGCAGUUUGAGAAGAUCAAGGCCGAAGGUCCAGCGAAGCAGGAGCGAUUGUUGCGAUCACAGCAAGCGGCCAAGGAACGGGCACCUGCGGCAGGAGGUGGUGACGAGUAUGGAGAGGAGGGAGAAGAGGAGGAAGAGGCUGGUGAGGUUGACGCUUUUGACCUGGCCGAGCCACAAGACGUCAUCAGCAAAGUGCCCAAGGAUUUCUACGACAACCUGGCCUCGUCCAAGUGGAAGGAGAGAAAGGAAGCUUGCGAGGCCUUGUAUGCUAUUGUCAAUGUGCCAAGGAUCAAGGAUGGUGAUUUUGGUGAGAUCACCCGCUGCUUGGCCAAAUGCAUGAAGGACGCCAACAUUGCGGUCGUCACUCAGGCAGCGCAAUGUAUCGAAAUGCUCGCCAAGGGUCUGCGCAAGGGCUUCGCCAAGUAUCGUUCCAACGUCAUGCAGCCUAUCAUGGAGAGAUUGAAGGAAAAGAAGGUUACGGUUGCUGAUGCGCUUGGUGCUGCGCUGGACGCUGUGUUUCUUUCUACCAACUUGACCGAGUGCUUGGAAGAUAUCACCACAUUCCUCGUUCACAAGAACCCCCAGGUCAAGGAGGGAACCAUGAAGUUUCUUGUCAGGUGUCUUCGAACAACCAGGGAGGUGCCGAGCAAGCAGGAAAUUGCCAGCAUCGUUGAAUGCGCCAAGAAGCUGCUUUCCGAGGGUAGCGAGGUUCUUCGGUCUGGCGGUGCCGAGAUUCUGGGAACCAUCAUGAAGAUCAUUGGCGAAAGAGCCAUGAAUCCCCAUCUCGAAGGUCUUGAUGAUAUCCGAAAGACCAAGAUCAAGGAGUUCUUUGAGACGGCCGAAGUCAAGGCCAAGGAUAAGCCGAAGCCGCCGCCGCCAGCUCCCGCUGCGCGGGGGCCACCACCCAAGAAGACGUUGGGCGCAAAGAAGGCCCCUCCUGGUCUCAAAAAGGCACCCCCGGCAGCCGCCGCACCGCCGCCAGAGCCUUCACCUCCACCUGCGCCGCCAGCUGCUGCGCGUCCCGGUCCCGCGGGGAGCAAGCUCGGGAAGCCAGGGCUCGGGGGUCUCAAGGCACCACAGAAGCGCACUCUCGGUGGUCCUGCCGCCGGCGCUGCUUCACCGCGUAGACCGGCAGCCCCUCGCGUGCCAUCACCUGCAUUUGAGCCGGAAUACGAAGAGGAGGAGCCCAUUCCCGCUUCUCCCCCACCAAAGCCGCGCAUUGGUUUGGGACGCGGUGGUCUCGCUGGCCGCUCACUCGCCAAACCAGCUGCGCCAUCAGCCCCCGCGCCCGCUGCAUCCCCAUCUCCGACCUCUACCUUCUCACACAUGGAACGUGCCGAGCUGGAGGAAUUGCGCAUGGCCAAUGAACGCUUGCUCAAACAGCUAGAUGACGCUCGUCACGACCGGUCCAAGCUGACAUCAGAAAUUCAGGAGCUCAAGAACCAAAAUGCUCAGUUGAUCGAGGAUCACACGAGAGAUGUACUUUCCAUCAAGGCCAAGGAGACACAGCUGGUGAGAGCUCGCAGUGAUGCCGAGGCUGCCGAACAGACAAAUGAGCGGCUACGACGCGAGCUGGACCGUUUGAAGAGGGCGCUCAGUAAGGCCGAAGCCGCCCUCAACAACGGUGGGGGCGCAGACAGCCCUGUAUCCCCCAGUCUUGGAUUCCGGGCUCUGAGCCCAACGCACGAUGAUGGCGGGAUCUACCGUGACAACGCUCUUCCUGCUAGUGCGGGUAGAGCCCGUCAAAGCUUCGCCAGCACCCUUAGCGAGGAGAAGGAGAACGGCGACGGUGUGCCGCACCCCCGAAAGAUGGCUCCCCCAGAGUCCCGGUACGCGGGCAGCACCGCUAGCAGCGGCCGCGCCAGCCCAGCUAGAGGGUUUAGGCGAGACAUUUCCGGCGGUGACGACAGAGACAUUCGCAAUAACGAUAGUGCUAGUGGCAGCGGUGCCUAUGGCGGAUAUGGUGACCGGGCGGGGAGCAGGGCUGGGAGCCGUGCAGGAAGCAGGUUGGGCGAUCCACCAAUCAAUGCUUCUGGUGCUCCCGCGACGUCUGGCAUGGAGAGCUGGAGAAGAGCUGCCGAGGUGACGAGUCAGCUGAAGGCCAGGAUUGAACUUAUGAAGGUAUGUGCAGCUGCGGAGGCCUCGACGAGAAGUGUGCAGGGCAGGCACUAA